AUCGGACUUCGAAUUACCGGGCUUUUAGCUCUAUGUACGCUAUGACCGACACUGCCAAGGUCCUGUGGCCCGACGGGACAUCACUACGCCCUUAAAAUGGAGAUUACCCUUCCCCAACGUAUUAAAAAUAAACACUGUCACUGACACUGUCUUCGAUCUCCGGCAGUAAGAAGAUGGCGUCUCUCUCUCUCCCUUCAGCUUCGCUGAGAACUUUCUCUCCGUUCAACAACAGCACCAAAGGAUCUCCAUCUCUUGUCGCUCCGCGUCGUCCGCCCAAGCUCUUCUUCGAUGUCGCUCGAAGCUCUGGCUCACUCAGCUACAAUCCCCUCAGGUUCUCGGUGGAUUAUAAGGGACAGGUGAUGAAGACGGAAAAAAGGAAGAGGGGACUCGGUGUGAUUUGUUAUUCUGCGCCUCUGGCUCCUCGUACCCUCCAGUGGAUCUCCACCGUUUCGUCUGCGGUGUUAUUGGUUGCCAGUGGCACUGCUGUUCAGAAAUCGUUUAUUGUUCCUUUAUUUGCUCUGCAAGCUCCAGCAAGUAUCAUCUCAUGGAUGAAGGGAGAAUAUGGUUUUUGGGCUGCAUUCCUGGCACUUCUCAUCCGUCUAUUCUUCUUCAUUCCUGGUGAACUUGAGUUACCAUUAGCAGCAUUACUGUUGGUGAUUCUAGCUCCUCAUCAGGUUAUGAACCUACGUGGAACUCAGGAAGGUGCUAUUAUUGCCUUGGUAAUUGCGGGAUAUUUAGCUUUCCAGCAUUUCUCACGAGCAGGCAGCAUGCAGAAAGCAUUUGACCAAGGUUCAAUUGUUGCCACCUUAGCCGUUAUCUUCAUUACUGCCGUAUCAUGCUUACUUUUGAUCUGAAUUUCAUGUAAAAUUAUAAAUAGCAUUUUGUUUUAGUCAUCUGUAAAUUAUUGAGCUUGUGACCCACUCGCUUAAAACAACAUAAUAAUCGUGUUUUAUGGACCGUUCUUUCUUUUUUGUAAGAUGUAUGUGUGACAUCUUUAAUAAGCAUUUGUAAUUAAAGUAUUCUUGACCUGUGUGGGAUUGCUUUCAA